AUGGCAGGCGUGGGACCCUCAAACUCGAGAUGGAUUGAUCCGGCACACAAACGUUCACAUCGUAUCACUGACGAGAGUUGGGAGAAGUUCAAGCCUAUACUUUGUACUCUUUACAAAUCCUACACUCUCAACAUUGUCAUGGAGUUUAUGAGGAAGCGUUUUAACUUCUACGCGAGCAAGCGCCAGUAUGGGUAUCGUCUUGACAAAUGGGGGGUCAAGAAGUACAACUCUGGCGAAAAGAAGAAUUCUAUGGGUGCGCUCGAGCAGAUGGAAUUCGACAAUGGUCGACCAUUCGACACAAGUCCCCGACUGAACCCGCCCAGCACCAUGGCCUCGACGAGUGCCAUUGUCGACGAUACGGACCACGAUGACUACAUUCUUACGCAACCAAGCCCUCGCCAUCGUAUACGCUACCCUUGGGGGCCUGGGGAUGGUGAGGCGACAAGAAAGCUUGCCGCUGACUUCUGCGCUGCCAUGUCUGACGAUGAGAACGCUUUCCAGCUAUAUUCAGGCCUCUACAGCUCCCUAUCCAGGUCCAACCAGCCUCACUCUGCAACCCAGAUGUUCCUUGCCAUCUCAUGUGCUCGGGUCGCUGAUAAACGAGAGAAUACCCGCCAAGCAUGGGGACUGCUCUCUAGUCUCUUAUCUCAGCAACAAGCCUACGACGAUGAGCCUCACUUCGUCAUGUCGAUGCUCACAGCAUACUUGGAAGACCGCCUCGAACAGGUUGAUAAUACGACAGUGAAGCGCCACACCUGCGCCACCAUUAAGAAGUUUGUCGACGAGAACGGAUCACUGAGGCAUCUUCCUCACCACUAUUCCUCUAUUGACCUGGUGGCCGACUACUUCCUUUUCUAUGGCCUCGACCAGUAUGAGCGCGCUCUGUGCGAGGAAGAGCAGGCUCCGAACUUCUCAGCAGAGCACCUCCUCAACGAUUUCAUCAGGGGACAACCAUUUGUCGACAUGGUUCGACGAAACGCCUCGCAGCCCCUGCGCCUCUGCGUGGCAUGGUGUAGUGAACAGCUUCUCAAGAACCACCCGGUUCCCCUGCAGAAUCCGUCGGUCCAGCCCAACCCUGCCAUGCGCCACUGGUGGGAUAACACCAGGAUUUUCUGUACCCUCUGGGGCGUCCUGCUGGGCCUGGUUAGACCUGGUUGCGCGCCCGAUUGGUAUAAUCAGUGCGAGUCUGCCUAUGGCAUCUCUGCCUCUGAGCUCCUUGUCACUGUGUCCUGGAUGAUUGGCGCCGAGACCACUCCUCGCGAUUAUGCCAUGUCUGAUGAAAGCCUCCUCAAGAACGCUGCCGAGCGUGCCCAGAGCCUUUUGGAACUAAAAGAGAGUGAGCUGUUGAUCGAUUUCAUUGACAAGUUUGAAUGGAUGAACGAGCUCGUUGACCUGGUUGACGAAGAAAAGUCGUUCGAGCCCUUUCUCCAAUCACAGCUGCGCCAGUACCUAUCUGAGACUCUCAGGAUCCAGCUCCCCUAUCCAGCUCAGAGCCAGAGCCAGGAGAGCGCUGCCCCGGACAUGGACCACUUUGAUGUGUUUGCGUUUGGUGGUGACUUGGGGUUUGUCAAUGUCAACGUGGACUAUUCUGCCCCAAUGCCGUCGCCGAGUGCGUACGGGUUCGUGGCAGUUCCUGAGAGGUAA